AAUCCAGAAGCAUGCGGGGUUGGGUGAAUUGUUGUUCUUGAGAGAAGAAAAACCCCCCUGAGGAAAAAUCACGAAAUUUGCAAUAAAAUCUCACGAAGGAGCCCCAUUUGUUCCACGUGGUGUGCAGCAGGAAGUGUGGGAAGGAUGAAUGAGGGUGGAUGCCAGCAUUUAGUGGCGUAUUUCAAGGAAUACAACCGCGACUCGUAUCGCUUUGUCAAUGCCUUCUUCAGCGCGUGUGUGUCUAAGGAGGCUCGCCGGAGGAAGGCUCUGUCGUGCCUGUGCUACGUGUGUGGUGGCUCUGGACCACAGCUCUAUGCAUGCCUCCACUGUAUCUACUUUGCCUGCCGUGGGCCCCAUUUUCAGGAGCACAUGUCCAUGUCUAAGCACUACAUUGCCCUCGAAUUGAGCUACAGCAUGAUCUACUGCCACCACUGCAGGGACUUCAUCUAUGACCGUGAAUGCCAGGAGAUUGCACGGCAGCACCUCAUGCGGGAGGCACGUUCACUCAAUAAGAGUAUCUCCUGGCGCCCGUGGAUGCCCUCGAAGGUUGAGGUGGAGCUACUGCGGAAUCACCCAAAGCGCCGUCUUGUCACACCACUGAGUAGCAUUGGGUUGCGUGGAUUGCUGAAUCUCGGCAAGACGUGCUUCAUGAAUUGCAUCGUUCAGGCGCUCAUCCACACACCCCUGCUGCGGGAUUACUUCCUCUCGGAGAAGCACGAAUGCAGUAUUGAGUCGAGUAUGAAGUGUCUCGUGUGCGAAGUGUCGCGCCUCUUCCAGGAAUUCUACUCUGGUGCUCGUGCACCCCUCUCCCUCCACCGACUACUUCAUCUCAUCUGGACGCAUGCGCACCACCUUGCCGGCUACGAGCAGCAGGAUGCACAUGAGUUCCUCAUGGCUACGCUCAAUAUUAUCCAUAGACACUGCAAGAAUUCUGUGGAUUGUGAUAAAGGCGUAGUGCACGUAGCCCCACGAAAGGGUGCCGCAGCGUCAUCCGAAAUGGAUGGACAGAUGCGAUGUAAUUGCAUAAUAGAUCAAAUAUUUACGGGUAGACUGCAGAGUGAUGUUGUGUGUCAACUGUGUAAGGGUGUCUCAACGACAAUUGAUCCCUUUUGGGAUAUUUCAUUGGAUUUGGGUGAGACGCAUCAGGGUUGUGGGCCACCACGUUCACUCGUUGAUUGCCUCGAGCGCUUCACACGGGCCGAACAUUUGGGGCCAAGUGCCAAAAUUGAGUGUUCCUCAUGCAAAAGCUACCAGGAAUCCACAAAGCAAUUCUCAAUGCGCACCCUACCCAUUGUGGCGAGCUUCCAUCUCAAACGCUUCGAGCAUUCGGAUCUCAUUGAUAAGAAAAUCUCCACGUUCAUUUCAUUCCCGGCCGAACUCGAUAUGACACCCUUCAUGUCUCACAAGACUGACGGACUCACGGACUUCCGGUACUCCCUGUAUGCUGUGAUUAACCACACCGGAACAAUGGAAACUGGCCACUAUAUUGCCUAUGUGCGCCAUCAGAAGGAUUUUUGGGUUAAAUGCGAUGAUCACAUCAUCACAACUGCUACGCUUAAGCAAGUUCUCGAUAGUGAAGGGUACUUGCUGUUCUAUCACAAGAAAAUUCUUGAAUACGAAGGAAAAGUUUAGAAUUCUAUCAAAAUAUUAUAUAUUACUUAGCUCUGGGAAAAAAAAAACUGUGGCUCUGCAUCAUGGGUCUUAUUGCAAGAAGUCCAUGGGAAUAAGAACAUUAUUUUCCUGUAUUCUAAAUUAGCGAGAUUAGCGCAUAAAUAAUUAUUUUAAUUUUUUUUACGUAUAAAAUAAAUUAAUCGCAGAUGUAAAGAAAA